AUGAAGCUCAUAAACAUUAUUCCCAUCUGCCUGUUCCUGUACUGCACACACGCUACAGUUCUGCCCAAAGAUGACGCUCCUGGUCUUUCCAGAGACGUCCAGGAUAUCUCUCCCAAGAAUCGCAUCAAAUGGACCCGGUGCAAUCUGGGCAUUCCUGAAUACAAGGAAUUAGAAAAGAACAAGGCAAUCGAGUGCGGUACUCUAACUGUUCCUCUCGACUAUACCAAAAAACACAGCACAAACACUACGACAUUGAAUUUGAUCAAGCUCAAAGCGACCGGGAAACCGCCCAAGAGCAGCAUCAUCAUGAACUUUGGUGGUCCAGGUGCUUCCGGAGUCGAAUUUUUGUUGGGGAUCUCUCCGCUCCUUUCCAAUUUCAUAGAAACCGGACUCUACGACAUUAUCAGUUUUGAUCCACGGGGUACUGGAAAGACAUUGGUCCCGCCUGAUGGUGAAGGAUUUCCGUUACAAAUGUUCGAAGAGCUCUCAUACACCGCUCAGAAUUCAGCAGAUUUCUUCGCCGAUAAGUCACUCAGCGAUGCUUGGGAUUAUAUGAGCACCUUCACUGAAAUCUUUCUUACGAAGGACACGGAUCUUGGGAGGUUCCGUGGCACUGCAUUCGUCGCCAGAGAUAUCGCUGAAAUUGCCACAGCACUGGGUGAAGGUAACCGCAUCAACUACUGGGGUAUUUCGUACGGCACGGUCCUAGGCCAGGUUCUGGCUGGUAUGUUUCCUGAACGAAUUGAACGCAUGCUUCUCGAUGGCAAUCUCCUCGUCGACGACUAUGUUAAGAACCUCGGGGUCGAUAGUACCCAAGAUGCCGAGAAGGCCUUGUAUCAUUUCUACGACGAGUGCAUGGCAGCCCCAAAUGAUACAUGUCACUCGGCUACCAAGCUUCCCAAAGAACGAGAUGAUUUCAUCAAGGUUCUCGAUCGUGUCUUCAUGGUUUGCACAGGAGUUGGGGCCGGUUUAGGCCGCAUUAAAUCACUCUCCAUGAAUUUGUGGCUUUUCGCAUCUCUCUACCAUCUCGAGGGUUACCUCAAGCUGGAUGACCUGAUUGAUAGCGCUUUGGAAGGCAAUCGUUCGAAUUGCCCCCAGGGAAAGAAUCCCUUUGCAGAGUUGACAACUCCAUGGAACCCCCAGCCCGAACUUGCCCAUCUAGCGAUCUGGUGCAGUGACGUAACUUUCCGCGCUGAAACUGUUGAAGAAUUUAUCGACUUUUUCGAUUUGUACGAAGGCAAUCGGGCCCUUGAUGACCGCUUCUUCCUCACGACCCUGCUUCUUCGUUCGGUGUGUUCUCGGUGGAGCAUACACGCAGCUGAGCCGAUAAAUCUUACAAGCCUUUCAAGAGUCAAGACAAAGAACCCAAUCCUUAUCGUCAACGGUGAAUACGAUCCCGUGACUCCCUUGAGUCAUGCCCGGAAUAUAUCUGCCCGAUUUCCUGGAAGCCAGGUUGUUGUUCACAAAGGUUCUGGUCAUGGCCUCCUCAACCAUUUUUCGUUUUGCACUAUAGGGAUUGUAUUCAAUUAUUUCAUCAGUGGAGAGUUGCCUCUCGAAGAGACCACCUGCGAGCCAUACCAAAAUGCCUUUGAGAUCGUCGAAUCGCUGCGGGGGUUAGAGGGAAAGGCGAAAAUUCAUAAAACUCCAAUCUUCGUAUAG